CGGGACCCGAGGUCCCGCGCACGGGCCAGUGAAAGGCGUUUUCCCGUUCCCGCCCUCUUCCCCUCGUCGGCCAGCACCAUGGGAUGUAAUAUGUGCGUGGUCCAGAAGCCGGAGGAGCAGUACAAAGUGAUGCUUCAGGUGACCGGGAAGGAGCUCUCCAAGCUGUCUCAGGAGCAAACCCUGGAGGCCCUGCGCUCCUCCAAGGAGCCCCUGGUGAUCCAGGUGCUGAGACGCAGUCCCCGCCUCCGGGGGGACAGCUCCUGCCACGACCUGCAGCUGGUGGACAGUGGCACUCAGACCGACAUCACCUUCGAGCAUAUCAUGGCGCUGGGCAAGCUGCGCCCGCCCACCCCGCCCAUGGUCAUCCUGGAGCCGUACGUCCUGUCUGAGCUCCCCCCCAUCAGCCAUGAGUAUUAUGACCCGGCGGAGUUCAUGGAGGGCGGCCCACAGGAGGCAGACCGUGUGGACGAGCUGGAGUAUGAGGAGGUGGAGCUCUAUAAAACCAGCCACCGCGACAAGCUGGGCCUGAUGGUUUGCUACCGCACGGAUGACGAGGAGGACCUGGGCAUCUACGUCGGAGAGGUGAAUCCCAACAGCAUCGCCGCCAAAGAUGGCCGGAUUCGCGAGGGAGACCGAAUUAUCCAGAUCAAUGGCGUGGACGUCCAGAACCGAGAGGAGGCGGUGGCCAUCCUGAGCCAGGAGGAGAAUACCAACAUCUCCCUGCUGGUGGCCCGGCCGGAGAGCCAGCUGGCAAAACGGUGGAAGGACAGUGACCGGGAUGACUUCCUGGAUGACUUCGGCUCCGAGAAUGAGGGGGACCUGCGUGCACGGAAGCUGAAAUCCCCCCCUGCCCAGCAGCUUGGAAACGAAGAGGAGAAGGCGGCCCCCGAUGCAGGGCCGGGCCUGAGCAACAGCCAGGAGCUGGAUAGCGGGGUGGGCCGGACCGACGAAAGCACCCGCAACGAGGAGAGCUCUGAGCACGACCUGCUGGGGGACGAGCCCCUGAGCACCGCCAAUACGCCAGGGCCCCUGCGCAAGUUCGGCCUGCAAGGGGACGCCGUGCAGGGCCGAGACUUCCACUUCAGCAUGGACUCCCUGCUGGCCGAGGGGGCCGGGCUGGGUGGCGCCGAGGUCCCGGGUCUCACCGACGAGGAGUAUGAGCGCUACCGAGAGUUGCUGGAAAUCAAGUGCCACCUGGAGAACGGCAACCAGCUGGGUUUCCUCUUCCCUCGGGCCUCUGGUGGCAACGGCGCCCUGGACGUCAACCGCAACGAGAGCGUGGGCCACGAGAUGGCCGUGCUAGAGGAGGAGCUGCGGCACCUCGAGUUCAAGUGCCGCAACAUUCUGCGGGCGCAGAAGAUGCAGCAACUGCGGGAGCGCUGCAUGAAGGCCUGGCUGCUGGAGGAGGAGAGCCUCUACGACCUGGGGGCCGGCGAGCCCAAGAAGCACGAGCUGUCCGACAUCUCCGAGCUGCCCGAGAAGUCGGACAAGGACAGCACCAGUGCCUACAACACGGGCGAGAGCUGCCGCAGCACCCCGCUGCUGGCCGAGCCCCUGGCGGAGAGCCCCCUGAGGCGGGCCGCCGCUGCUGCCGCCGCUGCCGCCGGCAACUCCAACCUGAACCGGACCCCCUCCGGCCCCCCCGUCGCCACCCCCCCCAAGGCCACCCCUCCGCAGGGCAGUCCCGCCAAGUUCCGGUCCCUCUCCCGGGACCCCGAGGUGGCCCGGAGACAGCACUCGGAGGAGCGUGUCCGCCGCAGCCCCAAGACCGGGGUGACCCUGGAGCGCGUGGGCCCCGAAGGCAGCCCUUACCUGUCGCGCCGCCACCGCGGCCAGGGCCAGGAGGCGGAGCACUACCACAGCUGCAUGCAGCUGGCCCCGCCGCGCAGCCUGGAAGAGCUGGGCCACGGCCCUUUGGGUUUGGCCGGGGGCCCCCGGGUGGGGGGGGGGGCCGCGGCGGCGGCGGCCACCGAAGCGCCCCGCAUGGAGUGGAAGGUCAAGGUGCGCAGCGACGGGACCCGCUACGUGGCCAAGCGACCGGUGCGCGAUCGCCUCCUCAAAGCCCGGGCCCUGAAGAUCCGGGAGGAGCGCAGCGGCAUGACCACCGACGACGACGCGGUGAGCGAGAUGAAGAUGGGCCGUUACUGGAGCAAAGAAGAGCGGAAGCAGCACCUGAUCCGGGCCCGGGAGCAGCGGAAGCGGCGUGAGUUCAUGAUGCAGAGCCGGCUGGAGUGCCUGCGGGAGCAGCAGAGCGGCGACAGCAAGGCCGAGCUCAACAUCAUCGCCUUGAGCCACCGCAAAACCAUGAAGAAGCGAAACAAGAAGAUCCUGGACAACUGGAUCACCAUCCAGGAGAUGCUGGCCCAUGGCACCCGCUCGGCAGACGGCAAGCGGGUCUACAACCCUCUGCUCUCCGUCACCACUGUCUGAGUCCAGCCAGCCUCCCGGGACCCUGUCUCCUGCUCUCCCUUAGAAGCUAGCGUGUGUGUGUGUGUGUGAGAGAGAGAGAGAGUGUGUGUGUGCGUGUGCGCACGCGCACAGAACUUUGGUACCAGACAGAGGCCCCCACGGAGAAGGGACCUUUCCUCCCCGAGUACAGCGCGCACGUCAACAGCUGGCCUGGGGGCAGACCUGUAUCGGCCCCCCUGCCGCCGUGAGUGUGUGUGCGUGUGCACGCAUGUGCACGCACAUGCACACCCCUCCAGAGGGCUGUCCGCGAGCGUACUUGGGGACAGGGAAGCCGAGGAGAGGCUAAGACGGUCCCAAGCACAAGGGAGUGUCCGGCUCCUCUCGCUGUCGGCAGCCUCCACUCUUUGUAGAUUUCAAGGGCAACCCUGAUUUUUGUGGCUUUUUCCCCCUCUGUGCUUGCCAAUUGUUGUUAUUUUUUGUUGUUUGUUUUGUGAACCUGCUCUGGGGGCUGGCAGCUCCUUCAGGCAGCCUGACAAAGGUGGGAUCCCCAAGUGAU